CAGCCCAUCCUCACUGGGCUGUUCCUGUCCAUGUACCUGGUCAUGAUGCUGAGGAACCUUCUCAUCAUCCUGGCUGUCAGCUCUGACUCCCACCUCCACACCCCCACAUACUUUUUCCUCUCCAACCUGUCCUUGGCUGACAUUGGUUUCACCUCCACCACCAUUCCCAAGACAAUUGUGGACAUCCAGGCUCACAGAGUUCUCUCCUAUGCAGGCUGCCUUAAACAGAUGUCUUUCUUUAUAAUUUUUGGGUGUAUGGAUGACAUGCUGCUGACCAUGAUUGUCUAUGACUGGUUUGUGGCCAUCUGUCACCCCCCGCACUACCCAGUCAUCGUGAACCCACGCCUCUGUGGCUUCUUAAUAUUGGUGUCUUUUUUUCUUAGCCUGUUGGACUCCCAGAUGCACAAUUUGAUUGCCUUACAAAUUACCUGCUUUGAGAAUGUGGAAAUUUCCAAUUUCUUCUGUGACCCCUCUGAACUCCUCACCCUGGCCUGUUCUGACCCCUUCAUCAAUAACAUCAUUAUGUAUAUUUUUGUUGUAAUAUUUGGAUUUUUUCCUAUCUCAGGUAUUGUUUUCUCUUACUAUAAAAUUGUCUCCUCUACUUUGAGAGUCCCAUCUUUAGGUGGGAAGUAUAAAGCCUUCUCCACCUGUGGCUCUCACCUGGCAGUUGUUUGCUUAUUUUAUGGAACAUUUCUUGGCGUGUACCUCAGUUCAGGUGUGUUCUCUUCCCGCAGAAAGGCUGCGGUGGCUUCAGUGACGUACACUGUGGUCACCCCCAUGCUGAACCCAUUCGUCUACAGCCUGAGAAACUGGGACAUUCAAAGUGCCCUGUGGAGGCCGGGCAUGGCGGCUCACGCCUCUCUCCACUUCCUUAGAGGAGCCAUCAAAUCAGGGUCUUAG